AGCAACUGUUUUUCGUAGUCAUCGUUGGCUAGCAGGUUGUGUAGCCACCCGUAGCCUAUCCACUCAAAGAAAUCCUUUUGUUUUUGUCGUUAUUUUGUUUUUAUAUUUGCCAAAAUGCCGCUGGAGAAUUUAGAAGAAGAGGGUUUGCCAAAGAACCCUGAUCUCAGGAUUGCUCAGCUGAAAUUUUUGCUAACAAUGGAUGGUCACCGGCAGGAUGCCAAAGUGAAGACUGAGCUCAUGGACGCUAUCAAAGCUAAUAACAUGGCACCAUACUAUGAGGGCUUGUGCAAGGACCUGAAGUGGCAGCAAGACAGUGACCUGCUGAGUAAAAUGAAAAAAGCCAACGAGGAGGAGCUCAAGCGCUUGGAUGAUGUGUUGGAAGAUGCAGAAAAGAGCUUGGGAGAGAGUGAGAUCCGAGAUGCUAUGAUGGCCAAAGCUGAAUAUCUCAUCAGAAUUGGGGAUAAGGAGGGAGCUCUUACUGCCUUUAGGAAGACCUAUGACAAGACAGUGGCCCUUGGUCACAGACUAGAUAUUGUCUUCUACCUGCUCAGGAUUGGCCUCUUCUACAUGGAUAGUGACCUCAUUACACGGAAUUCGGAAAAGGCGAAAAGUCUUAUUGAGGAGGGAGGUGACUGGGACAGACGGAAUCGUCUGAAGGUCUACCAGGGCCUGUACUGUGUGGCGAUCAGGGACUUCAAACAGGCAGCUGAACUCUUCCUGGAUACCGUUUCGACUUUCACCUCCUAUGAGCUCAUGGACUAUAAGACCUUUGUCACCUACACAGUCUACGUCUGUAUGAUUGCGCUCAAGAGGCCUGAUCUGCGUGAAAAGGUGAUAAAAGGGGCAGAGAUCCUGGAGGUGCUCCACAGUCUGCCAACUGUUCGCCAGUACCUCUUUUCCCUCUAUGAGUGCCGCUACGCGGUCUUCUUCCAGUCUUUGGCCUUGGUAGAACAAGAAAUGAAGAAAGACUGGCUGUUUGCUCCUCACUAUCGCUAUUACGUGAGGGAGAUGAGGAUCCAGGCCUACAGCCAGCUUCUGGAGUCUUACCGCUCCCUUACACUGGGCUACAUGGCCGAGGCCUUUGGUGUCAGCACAGAGUUCAUUGACCAAGAACUCUCUCGUUUUAUAGCCGCUGGCCGUCUCCAUUGCAAAAUAGAUAAAGUAAACGAGAUAGUGGAAACCAACAGACCUGACAGUAAGAAUUGGCAAUACCAGGAGACCAUCAAAAAGGGUGACCUGCUCCUGAACAGAGUCCAGAAGCUAUCACGCGUCAUUAACAUGUAACUGGGCCAUGUUUGUUACCGUUUCAACAGAGAGGAGACUUGUAUUGUUUCUCCUUUUAACCAAUUAUCUGAACCAAUAGUUUGUCUAAAAAACAAAAAGGCUACCCUUGCAUUGUGUAUAUAUAAAUAAAAAUCUUUGA